GAUGCCUUGUCUUUGGCCCAACUUGUGUCGACGUGCACUCUCUCGGCGCCUUGUCUUUGGUCCAACUUGUGUCGACGUGCACUCUCUCGGCUCAGCUGGUCAUGGUCUCAUUUUAAUGGCUGUUUGAGACGAAGACACGAGCCAGCCCGGAAUGUCCGCUAACUCGUCCUUGGUGCCGUCGUCGUCGGACCUGCUGCUCCUCGUGCCCCGCCUGGCGCGCAACAUGGUCCAUCUGGCGCAACGCUUCCUGCCCGAUCAGAACAUGUCAGCUAUGGCGCCUGACGCUACGCCAUCGCAACUGCUCAACAUGACGGCCUCGCUCGUUCAGCAGCCUGUCACCUCGGCUGCCGCCCCUGCCGCUGCCGCUACCGCUUCGACCCAAGCCUCCUCGACUGGCUUCAUGUCCUAUCUUACUUUGCCCUGGGCAGACGGAAUCAAGGGCUUCGGCGGCAUGUUCGCCUACAUCGGUUCUCGCUGGGCCCUGGCUACCUUUGCCAUCUCCAUCUUUCUCAACCGCACCCAUUUCUACGCUUCGUCUCGCCAGAACUUGAACCCCCGCUGGCAUACCCGCCUACUGCUAUACUCCGGUCCCGUCUUGCUUCUCUCGUACCACGUUUUGUGCAUUCUCCAGACUCUCAAGUGCCAAACCUCUCCCGACUAUCCCCUGUUGCGAUAUGGAGACCCCAACAAGAACCUGGCAAUCAAUUUUGGCGGAGAUGGUGGCUUUGUGCACCACUUCAGCUCCAGUCUUUUGUUCUGGAAGUCCGAUGCCGAAUGCUGCCGCGCAAUGAACAUGUCUCUGCAGGACGACAAGUUCCUCGAUGUCAUGGGUUCCUUCUCGUUACUUUGGCCUCUGUUCCUGACUCUCUGCUUCAGUCAGUUUAUCGAAACGCUAAACUGUGCUCUCCAGGGAAGACAACCUUUACCCGAGACCGGAAUGACCACCUUUGAGCAUUCUCUGGCCUUUGCCGAGUCGGAAGCCAUGCUCACCAAUGCUCUCGGCCUUAGUAUAUUUGGCCCAGCCGACUCGACCUCUCGCUCGAACGCCGACGUCUCUGAUGCCUCGGAUAUUUCCUCUGUAUUGUUGACCAAGUCUAUGGUUCUGCAGCGUCUCAAUGUUCCCUCAGAAGUCUUGCUCAUCGCCCUCAUUUCGUGUCUGAGCCAUAUAAGCAGUGCCGUGCUUGCCAUCACCGGCCGGAGACACCAGCUUCGCCUUGUCAAUACGGCUAUAUGGGCUAUGUGCUACAUGACCGCCUUUUGUUGGAGCCUUGUCAAUGCGCUUUCUAGCCCUCUUGGCCCGCAUGAUCUUGGUAUUAUCCGCUUUCCUACCGUGUGUAUCAUUGGUUUUAUCCCUCAUAUGCUUAUCAUCCUGGGCAUCAUGGUUUGUUCACUCAUCUAUGGCGUGGCCUUGUUGCUAAACGCCCUGUCACUUCCGCCCCAUGCGCCGCCAAAUCCUUCCAUCAAGGAGCGCUUCUCUAUAGCUUUCAACAACAUGCAAGCCAAUGUCCAGUUCUCAUCUGUUUCCUCAAUGAGGCUGAGUUGGACCGAGGACUUUUACACGGUUCUGCUCAAGAUAGGUUUCAAUGUCCUCACGGCCGCAAGUGAGUCUGUGUUCCUAAAUGAAGGAAGCAAGAUCCAGAUCCAUGCCAUGACUUGGCUCGAGGAAGAGCGGAUCCAGGAGUUCACGUCCAUGUUGGAGGACCGUCGCCGAGCAAGUCUUAUACCAUCCGAGUUGCUUGAUGAACGCAUCGCGAAAGGCUUGAGCUUUACGGACCACAAAACCAUGCCUUCAAGAUCAGGGUUUGCGACGGAGCGAAGGUCUAAAUCGUCUGCGGAUACUGCUAGUAGGGGAACUAUCAACAACGACAAUGGACUUGGAAUCGCAGAACGCCGGGGUCGAUGGCAGCUCAGUUUUGAGUUUAUGAAAGGAUUGCUCUUGCUACUUGUCAGCAUCAACGGUCGUCUUGCCUUGUCAUGUCUGUCGAUGCUGGGCAUUGAGAGAGUACCGAACUGGCUCACAAGAGCCGCUGACUACAGGCGGUCACCUGCUUCUGCAUCGACAAAGCAACGAAACGGCCAACAAGCAUCAACACCAGACUUUUGGCUUGUCUCAGAGCGAGGCGUGCUGUCGUUGCCAGAAGAUGGCAAUGUUGACGUUGAAGACGAGAUGCGUAGAAGACUACGGGCUCAAGGUCUUCCUGGUGCCGGUAUUGCAGAAGAUGCUGUCGACGACGAUCUUUAUCAAUGGUGGAAGCGUGGAGGGUGGUGGGGAGAUCUUGACAACAGCGGAAGCUACGAAGCUCGAGAGCAGGACGAUGACACGACUAGCAUGAUAUCCAUGUCGACAAACGCCCCAAGCGAAGCGGACUCGGAAGAGGACAGUGGCAGAAGAACACCCACCCAAGAAGACUACAUUCGUAGUCGAGAGCAGAGCCCUUCCGGUCUAAAAGUAGCCGACCUGGCACGACUGCUGGAUCCAAAGACAACAGCGGACAGAGAGGAAGCUCAGAUGCUCGCCCGCCACCUCCAGAGCGAGCAACCCAUGACCCGCUCACAAUACCGCCGACGUAUGAAUCGUGACAAAGCGAGAGUGUUGGACACUCCAUACCUCGAGUCGGCAUUCAAAGAAGGUACCGAUGGCGCCAUGAGCACAGCCGCAGAAGCAGAAACACUAGAGAAAUUCCUCCUCGAGCGACGACUGACUAAACGUCAGCAAGAGCCGGAGGGAGGUGCCGGAUCGUGGGACUCUGGCGCAGAAGGCAUGGGGUCCAGUGGGCCUCAGUGCGUCGUCUGCCAGAGCAGUCCUCGUGUAAUUGUUGCAUGGCCCUGUGGCUGUCUCUGUGUUUGCGAUGAAUGCAGAGUUGGCGUUGCUACUCGAAACUUCACAAAAUGCAUGUGCUGCAGGACGAAAGUGGUGGCAUUUUCCAGGCUGUUUGUUCCGUAGAUGUGACUUCUGUCUUUUCCGAGCGUACAUAGCGAGCAAUCUCUCAUUACCACCCUUGUUUCGAGCCGAAGGUAUCUUCCACUGCUUCAAGUAUUUUCCCAAUCUUGGGCAUCACGUGCGAUGCUCGGGGUGUGUAAUAUUGACACCAGGCUCUGGUGUAGCCUGUGUCGAGCAGACUGACAAUGCUGCUCACACCGAACACGGGCGAAGAGUGGAGCAUAGACAGGCGCUG